ACGUGUGAACACGCCUACAUAAUAAGGUGUGGUGUCACCAUUUCCUCAUCACAAGUGUAAGUCUGCUCACAGGUUACCAGACACAAUGUGGACCUUCAUCGUGGUUUUAGUUAUUCUGACAGCUGAACACAGAGCACAGGACCAUGACGAUGCUCUUGGAGACACUUUGUUGCGUCUUUGUCCAGGAAGGCAUGUUGUGUCUCAGAUUAAAAGCUCCCACAGUCCCACUCACAAUGAUCGUCAAUGGAAGAUUGAAUGCAAGGCUUUGGACUCUAUCAAACAUUGCUCCUGGUCAGGUAUCAUCAAUGCUUAUGACCAAGAAUUCAUCUUCGAUUGCCCAAAAAAUCAUGUGGUUGCUGGCAUCUGGAGCGAGUACGUGAGCUACAGAAGAUGGAGUUUCUUUUGCUGCUCUGCUGAAAAACUGAUCACAUCUGAAUGCCAGGAAACUCCAAUGGUCAACUACUGGAAUGAAGACUUCCACUGGUACGUCCCUGAUGGCAACUUCCUAACAGGCAUCUCUUCCCAUAACAAGAACAACAAUGGGGAUUAUCGCUGGCGAUUCAAAUACUGCAGAGGAACAACACAAGGUGACUGGUCUUAUUACACUUUACUGCCUAUGGCUGCCAGAGAUUAA